AAGGGAUCCCCCACAAACGUCGAGACGAGAAAAAAAAAUAAAAACACGAAAACUUAUCAGCAGGCACAUGUUUUCUUGGAAGAUAAAGACUGGCUAUGCGUUUCUAAAGUUAGUCGCUCAGAGAACGCGUUAUUGCCGGGAGCAGGAGAAGACUACUUGGGAACAAGCACAAUUCUUGAUUGAAAGAUAAUAUAUAGAUACUUCCCGGGAUCAUGGUAAACCAAGUCCAGAGAGUUGACGGCGAGUGGCAAUCAUGCAAGAGCGACUCCAGCGGAGCGAGCAACAGCGGAGGCGACAGUUCCAAAGAGAGCUCUCGCAGCUCUACGCCCGUGUUGGACACCGACCGUACGGACAGGCUGCGGGACAAGAUGCGUCGGCGGAUUGAGUCAGGAGACAAUUGGUUCUCGCUGGAGUUUUUCCCCCCUCGCACCGCGAGUGGAGCUGUCAAUCUCAUAUCUAGAUUUGACCGAAUGGGCUCUGGAGGGCCCCUCUUCAUAGACGUCACCUGGCACCCAGCAGGGGACCCAGGGUCAGACAAAGAGACCUCCUCUAUGAUGAUUGCUAGUACAGCAGUCAACUACUGUGGUCUGGAGAGCAUCCUCCAUCUGACCUGCUGCAAUCAAACCAGAGAGACCAUAACUGGCUACCUCAGUAAAGCCAAGCGCCUUGGCUUGAAAAACAUAAUGGCUUUGAGAGGAGACCCGGUUGGAGAUGACUGGGAGGAGGAAGAAGGCGGAUUUAACUAUGCCUCUGACCUCGUCAAACACAUCCGCAGCGAGUUUGACGACUACUUUGACAUCUGUGUUGCAGGCUACCCAACUGGUCACCCUGAAGCAGAGAGCUACACUGAUGACCUGAGACAUCUGAAGGAGAAGGUGGAUGCUGGAGCAGACUUCAUCAUAACUCAGCUGUUCUUCAGGGCAGACACCUUCCUCAAGUUUGUCAGAGAUUGCAGGGCCAUUGGCAUCACUUGCCCCAUCCUACCUGGAAUUUUCCCCAUCCAGGGCUACCAGUCCCUGAAGCAGCUAGUGAAGCUGUCCAAGCUGGAGGUCCCAGAGGAGAUCACAUGGGUCAUCGAGCCCAUCAAGGACAAUGACGCUGCCAUCCGCAACUAUGGCAUAGAGCAGGCGGUGGGCAUGUGCCGUGUACUGCUGAAGAGUGGUGAGGUGCCAGGCCUCCACUUCUACACCCUCAACCGAGAGGUGGCCACCAUGGAGGUGCUUCGGCAGUUGGGCAUGUGGAACGAGGACCCCAGACGGCCCCUCCCCUGGGCAGUGAGUGCUCACCCCAAGCGCAAGGUGGAGGACGUCAGGCCAAUCUUCUGGGCCUCCAGACCAAAGAGCUACAUCUACAGAACCCAAGACUGGGAUGACUUCCCAAACGGCAGAUGGGGUAAUUCGUCCUCUCCAGCCUUUGGGGAGCUGAACGACUACUACCUGUUCUAUCUAAAGAGUAAGUCCUCAAAGGAUGCGCUGCUACAGAUGUGGGGCAAAGAGCUGACAAGUGAAGCCAGCGUUUAUGAGGUCUUCACCAACUACAUCAUGGCCCAGCCCAACCAAAACGGACAUAAGGUGAUGUGUCUGCCGUGGAACGAUGAACCUCUCGCCACAGAGACCAACCUGCUGAAGGAUGAGCUGGAGAAGGUGAAUCGGAGAGGGGUCCUCACCAUCAACUCCCAACCCAAUAUCAAUGGCAAGCCUUCUUCAGACCCCAUUGUGGGUUGGGGACCUCCAGGAGGCUACGUCUUUCAGAAGGCAUAUCUGGAAUUUUUCACCUCGAGUGAGAACGUAACAGCCCUUCUCAAAGUAUUAAAGAAAUAUGAGCCUCGUGUAAACUACCAUAUUGUCAAUGUUCAUGGUAAGAACACAACAAAUGCCCAUGACAUGCAGCCUAAUGCUGUGACGUGGGCCAUCUUCCCAGGCAGGGAGAUAGUGCAGCCUACUGUGGUGGAUCCUGUCAGCUUCAUGUACUGGAAGGACGAGGCCUUUGCCCUGUGGAUCGAGCAGUGGGCCAAACUAUAUGAAGAUGAGUCACCUUCUCGCAUGAUCAUAAAAUACAUCCAUGACAACUACUUCCUGGUCAACCUGGUAGACAAUGACUUCCCAUUGGAGAACUGCUUGUGGCAGGUCAUCGACGACAUGUUCGAGCUUCUCGACGCUCCUCCGGAACCUGUGGAAGUAAACUCUGCUGUUGAUGUCUAACUCAUUUUAAACACUUAUGAACUGCGCUGCCUGGAUAAUGCAUCCAAAUAAGCACUACAGUGAAGGAAGGCUAUCUGGAUGAUAAAAGAAAGAUUUUGUAGUUUGUAAUGUUUUUAUUGUAGGUGUUGUAAAAGACUUAACUGUUUUUGAAUCAAAGUAUACAUUGAGCAACACUGGAAUGG